AGUAGGACUCGCUAGGCAAGGGACAUGGGUUCCAAAACUCAGUGAAUAGAGAGAGGCUGGGGACAGGCAUUUGUACUUUGUGGUAUGGGCCCCUUGUAAGGGCCCUAAAUGCCAACUUCACCUUCUUCUCUCUCCACUGUGUAACAGCAGAGCUAAUUUUGAUUCCAUUAGGAGUCUGGUUACAGAUUGCAAAGCUGAAUUCAUUUUGGGCUAAUGGUGCACCAGCACUGGGGCUACCCUACUAUGAGCUGAAAUCACUGAGUACUGUGUUAAGUAGUAGGGGGCCUGAAGAUAUAUUGGUGAGCGACUCGCAGGACGGCUACUGGAGAGAAGCAGCUGGCAUAGUGGUUUGCAGGACGGCUACUGGGGAGGAACAGCUGGUGGAGAGGAGUGGCUGGCGGUGAAGGCUGCAGCAGAAACCCACGGAGAGGCGGGGCAGUCGGCUGUCGGAGCACAGAGGCUGCACUCUUGGUGGUUACUUCCUGGAGUUGGUUCCUCACACUCGAUAAGCUAGUCAGUGCUAGUGCAGUCAGCUUCACAGCACCUUAAUGUUCUUCCAAGAAAGAACGUCAAGAAGGACAGAAAUAAGAUUGACUUCUGACAGCAAGGAACACAAAUCGGGAAAAGCUAUCCUGGGGUUUCUGCACACCGCUGUGUCCCCAUAAUGAAUGAAUCCAAGAUGGAAUGCCCAUCAAUGCCCUAUGAGGACAGCAGGAUACUGCUGGUUGUGUGCUACAGUAUUGUUUUUGCCUUAGGUUUUCCAGCAAAUUGCUUUACUACAUGGCUAACAUUUGUACAGAUCCGAAGAAAGAACGUUCUUGCCAUCUACAUUUUUGGCUUAUCGCUGUGCGAGCUGAUGUACUUGAGUACCCUGCCCCUCUGGACUACCUAUGUACAAAACAAACACAAAUGGGAGAUGGGGUCAGUGGUUUGCAAGCUAACUGGAUAUAUCUUUUUCUGCAACAUAUAUAUCAGCAUUCUGCUCUUGUGUUGCAUUUCUAUUGAUCGCUAUGUAGCAGUGGUGUAUGCUUUGGAAUCCAAGGGGGUGAGGCAUCAGAGAACUGCAAUCUUCAUCACAUUCAUUCUCUUUUCUGCGGUUUUAGUAACCCACUGCCCAGUAUUUAUUUUACCAGAUGGCGAGCAGACUUCAAACCGUACAACCUGCUUUGAGACUUUACCACUCAACUUACAAUUGGCUUAUUUCAACCUUGCCAGGUUCCUAGUUGGAUUUGCCAUUCCUUGCAUAAUCCUCAUUUUCACAAACUACAAAAUUUUCCAAAGUACCGAAACAAGCAGCAGCUUGGGCAAACGCCAAAAAGCCAAAGUGAAGUACUUGGCUAUGGCCAUCAUCACCAUUUUUCUGAUCUGCUUUGCUCCCUACCAUUUGGUGCUCCUGAUAAGAUCCAUAAACUUUCUUUUGCAUCAGAACGGCUCAUGUGCAUUUGAACUUCGCAUAUAUUCUACUUCUGCGGCCUUUCUGUGCUUAUCCACUGCUAACAGCAUUGCUGAUCCAAUCAUCUAUGUCUUGGCUAGUGAACACGUUAGAAAAGAUUUCUACGAGAGUAUGACAAAAUGGAGAUAUCAGUCAUCCAUCAAUGCCAGCCUCAAGUUGAAAAAUUCAAAAGAAUCACAGGAAGUAGCACAGACAUUGGAAAAUCAAAAUUUACCAUAAUCGCCACACUUUGAAAUGAACCGUAGAGAUGUCAACCAUCAACAUUGUCUUAAUGAGGGUUCUGCUAGCAGUGUUUAAGGUGCCCCCCAAAAGAGAUGGCGGUCACGUGUUUGGGGCAUCACAACGUGGGGAUAUUGACCCAACAUUUUGAUGUGGCUUUGUCACAAUGCAUGGCCCCAGCACUAAGUUCCCGGAGGCUAUGUCGGAGGAGUGUGAAUGCCUAUCAGAGGAGGGAUCUGAUGUCUGCCUCCCAACUUACUUAAACCACAGCCCGCCAGUAUUUUCAUUCUAAACCACGCUUUGCAAGGAGCAGCUACAGUCAAUUGACUGGUUUCCUUCAAGUCAAACUAAAACUUGACAAAUUUAUUCUCAGGCUCAAUCUUUUUCUCGUACGCUUUCAUCUUCGAAGGGGACUCUGUGGGUUCUAAUCGAGAUGUAACAUCCCAGGGUUUGCAUGCAUACAUACAGUAGUAUUUGGGGUUAAACACUGGAAAUGGUAGACCCAAAUUAAAGCCCUGUAAAUAUUUCUAAUAAGCUUUAGACAUUUGGUUUUAAUUUACCUGACAUCCUCAGCGGAAGGCAGAAAUCAAGAAGAGUUCCUUGCGUUCAGAGUUACCAUAAGUGACCAGCUUAGAGCAGGUUUCAGAGUAACAGCCGUGUUAGUCUGUAUUCGCAAAAAGAAAAGGAGUACUUGUGGCCCCUUAGAGACUAACCAAUUUAUUUGAGCAUAAGCUUUCGUGAGCUACAGCUCACUUCAUCGGAUGCAUACUGUGGAAACUGCAGAAGAUAUAUAUAAUGUCUUCUGCAGUUUCCACAGUAUGCAUCCGAUGAAGUGAGCUGUAGCUCACGAAAGCGUAUGCUCAAAUAAAUUGGUUAGUCUCUAAGGUGCCACAAGUAUUCCUUUUCUUUCAGCUUAGAGCAUACAGACAAAACUCCUGCAUCAAGCUAUUGUACAGGUCUGGAAUUCAUGGAAUCAUCUAUUUCAAAUGUUUGAUUCUUUGUUUGUUCAAAUCUUGUACUGUACUUGAUAAAUCUUGCAAGACGUUGUAGCAUCUAGUACAUUUAUGACUAUUUUUGAUGAUUCCUCUACAGUUUGAACUUGAACCUUAUAUCUGAAGGGUUUGGCUUGCCAUCAAUCCCUUGUAAAUAGAACUGCAGGGUCUAAGUUGGGAGCUGAUCCUUCAGUAUUAGUGUUUGGUCCAGAUCCUAGCAGAUAAGAGUCCACAGCACAGUUGGCUGCCUUAUUAACAGCAAGGUAUUGAGAUGCAGAGGCUGAUCUACCUUCUGGCACUAGUUAAGAGCUCCCCAGGACAUGAUAGUGGUAUACGGGUGAGACAGUGCUGAGAAACUUUCAUUACUGCUGGCUACACUGUACCUGUGAAUAAAUGGAGAUAUGUAGUGUCCAGUGCCUUCAACCCAGCAUAUCUCAUAAGGACAAAUUAAAAACAAACAAAAAACUAAAACAAGUAAUUGUCAGAUGGCAGCACAUGGUCUGCAAUAAAAUCUCAUGCCUUUCAGAAUCCCACAGUCCAUAUGUAAAGUGGGCAAAAGAUGACAUGAAAUCUUAUCUUGAAACAUUCUUGGUAUUUCUUUAUUUAAAUUAGACUUUCAAUGUUCUUCUAAAAUACAGUAAUGUCAUUGUAAUUUAUUUGUAGCGUUGCUCCCGUAUUUCUUUUACGUAAUUAAUGUUACCUUCUUGACUAAACCAGAAUCAGAUAUGACUGUAUAUCUACUGUAAUGUUUAUUGUAACUUUUGCUGUUUAAAUGUAUCAUUCUCUAUUCUUUUUUACAUUUUGAAAAAGAUAUCUUUGAGCCUGUUAUACCAAUAAAAUAAAAACCAGCAGGAUCUUAU